AUGAUCCUCAGAAACAAUUUUCAUUUCCAGGAAUGGGACGCAGGACUUUCCAGUGACGCUUGUAACGAAGCAAGAGGUAUUGUACCCUCCAAUGCACCUCAUAAAUUCAAGGCAGAAAAAACGUUCGUGAGAGAUGGGCUAGUCCCAGACAUGAUAAUGGAAACCCUAAAGGACGGUUUGAAGGACAAAAUACAAACCGAGAAUGUACGCAACUUCCUGCACACACCAAAUAUGGAUGCAACAGCUUCUUCGAAGGGAACCUAG